AUGCCCAGCUCACAGUCCACCAUGAUGUCCAGACCAAGUCUCGGGCAUCGUUCCAUCUCGGAACAGGCUCCCCUCUACAACCCUUCCACCAACCCGCACUCCGGCUCUCACCUUCGCGCUUCCAAGGCUGCUAGCGGUGCUCAGAUCGCCACUGGUUCUGUCCUCCCUCACUCACCCUGGCUUCCCCUUCCCCCUGCUUCCAACUCGAAGCACUCCACCCUUUCUGUCGAUGUGAUUGACGUCGAGCAGAUCGAGAACUUUGCCCCAGGCCAACAUCGCGCCCCUUUGAGCUCAGCUUCUCUCGCCAGUCGACGCCAAGCCCGACGAGGCCUUUCCGAAGGCUUUUCUCUUCACACUAAUCAACACAAGUCUAGCCGUAUGGCCAUGGCAAUAAGUGCCGCUUCGGCUCUCGGUCCAAAGUCGGCUCUCCGACUCGACAUUGCCGCUACUGCCGACCACUUUUCAGCUGCAGCAAGCAAGUCUGCCGGCAUGAUCCGCGGCUACUCGAUGCCCGUCGCUACCCAAGAGGAGCAUGAUGAGCAGCAGCGCAUCAUGGCCUUGGGACUCUCACCUGUUGGCCACUACGCCGCCAAUCCUGCCUGGUGGCAGUAUGGUUGGUCAUCACCUGGCGGCGUCAACCAUCGUCAUCUCCAGCGACAGAAUGGUGCUCCAGAGUUUGUCAGCGAGCGCCAACCAUCAUCGCAGUCAAAACUUGCAACUGUCAUGGCCGCCGCUUCUACUCCUGCUGGUCCAUCACCCAUGUCUUCAUCACCUCUCACAACGCGACCAAGCAGCCAUGCCAGCAAGACCCACUCCAGCUGUUCACCCAAGAUGAAGAACAAGCACUUGCCCAGCAUUCACCAGCACACCUUCCAAAAUACAUCGUCGCGAUCCGCCUCGUCAUCACCCAAAAUUGGCCGAUCUCCCCUCUCGAUGAUCUCUGUCAACUUGCCCGCCGUUGAUCAGCAACUGCAGCAACAGCAAGAGCAGGCACUCAGCAAAUCGGUCCAUGACACCAUCUCACCCAUUAACAAUGCAUUCGAGAUUGAGAUGGAUGCACUCAGCCAACGCUUUGAGCAAUGGUCACGAUCACAAGCCCUCUCCACACUACGAGAGUCUCGAUCGGAUGAUCAGCUUUCUGCGACUGCCAACGAGGAUGAAGACUACUUCAACCUUUGCCACGAUGAACCCCAAGACAACCUCGUCCGCGGUGGAGCUGACCUCGGUUUCCUCGUUCGAGUCACAGGUGGGAGUGACACCUCAGAUGAAGCACGUACUCCACGUGCCUCUUCUCCUCGUCCUCUCUCCAAGACAGCUCUUCAAUACCACAACCUUGAGCACCUUGCCACUCACAAGGAUGACGCACAACACAGUUUCGCCGAGACCAAUAGAUGGUCUGCAAACUUUGACUUUAUUCACCCGGAUCACCUCGCUUAG